GGGGGUGGGAAUAGGAAAAUCGAGCCAGUGUUCCAGUUUUCAUCACAGAUGCUAGGUCUGUGUUAUGCCGUCUAAUUAUAAUAACAGAGCCAAUAAAGGAGAGCAAGUGAAAACGCUUUUCCUUUAAAAUAACGCGAGGAUAGCCUAAAACUCCGACAUGUACCUCCGCGUAACGGAUGUGACAUUGUCGGUUCGUGCCUUCACGCUGACUUUAAACACUCGAUUUCAAUUUUGAUAUGGUGGUUGCGUUAUUGUCUCUUAACAUUGCAGCUGCAUAAAACGUCAAUUUUGGUGUGGGUCUGUGCUGUGUUGGAGCACACUGGGAAAUAAGUAGAUCUCUCAACCCGCGGUGGCUUGUUGAUCAACACCAAUCGGAUACCUUUGUCUCCCUCCGGUGCAUUGAUGCACCCGUUCCAGUGGUGUAACGUCCUGGUGGCCGUGGUAACGGGGAGCCUCCUGAGUGCACUGAUGUAGGGUGCUUCUGUGGUCUGGGACUGGUCUACUCCAACAAGUCGUGCAGCAUGCCUCCCAUCACCUUCCAGGACCUGCCCCUCAACAUCUACAUGGUCAUCUUCGGCACAGGCAUCUUCGUCUUCAUCCUCAGCCUCAUCUUCUGCUGCUACUUCAUCAGCAAAUUACGACACCAGGCCCAGAGUGAGCGGUUUGGAUACAGAGAGGUCGUUCUAAAAGGAGAUCCCAAAAAGUUAAAUCUCCAUGGGCAGACAUGUGCCGUCUGCUUGGAGGACUUCAAAGUGAAAGAUGAGCUGGGGGUGUUGCCAUGCCAACAUGCCUUCCACAGGAAGUGUCUGGUCAAGUGGCUGGAGGUUCGCUGCGUCUGCCCCAUGUGUAACAAGCCCAUCUCCGGCCCUCCAGAGCAGCACCACAGCAUCGGCACCCUGCUGGAUGAGCUGGUAUAACACACCUCAACCAGGCUUGGGGAGGAGUAGCGUGCCAGGACACACCAGCUAGUGUUUGCUAGCCAUCAACAGGCAGAGAACACUUGUGUUGUAAAACAAACAAAAAAAAUGUGCCCAGCACUACAUGAACGCUAUGGUGAGUCGGGGGUAACCUAGUUACCACUGGAAGAAGAAUGACUCGGAGGGAUGUUGUUGCCAAGCAACCAGCCCUGAGAUGGCGACAUCAUACAUGGUGGUGUCUGAGCGAUUUAACACAAGCCACCCACAUGUCACGCUACAGAAAUGUUCCUUCUACACCCCACUAUAUUCCUAUUUCCAUUUUUAUCCCAUCAGUUCUCUCAACCUAACUCUACGCUCUUGUAUUUUGGUCUAAGUUGGGUGACAGUGAUGCCUUGAAGGACCGGCACCUUUUUCAUGUUUUAUAUGGACUUACGUGGAAACUGUGCGAAGGAAUUACUGACUGAUGGCAUUGCCAUUGAUCUGGAGUGUGAGAGCGUGGCUGCUGAAUUGAGUGCAUCAAUUUGAUGUGAUAACGAUCUUGAUUGUUUACUUGAAAACAACAAAACAAAGUAUUAGUACUCCUUUAGUUUUUAUUUGAAGGGAAUUUGGAAUCAGUGCCAAGUGAAUUUUUCUGGCCCUUCUCGUGUUCUCUCUGCAACAACAAAAACGGACAGCACUGAGCCGUCAAGGCAAGCAGGGAUCUAUAUUUAGCCUGCUAAAACAUGAAGAAUUAACUGUGGUUAACGCAAUAGACCAAAGCUAUUCAAACGUCUAACAUUUAGCCAACUCCAAAAUGCUCAAGUUACAGCUAACAGGUGUUGUUAAAAGCGAUACGUUACCAUUGAUCACUGUUUUACGUGAUUAAAUAAACGGUUAUUGAUUAUCAAUUCAAUAUCCUAUAGGUUCCAUCCGUGGAAUCUGAGGGUAUUAAAAUAAUCACUUGUCUUAUAAACCAACGUUACCGUUCUGUAUUAAAAAGAAGUUGGAUAACCCGUAAUAGGGCCCUGGUUUAAUUUAAUCUAUUUUACAGUUUUUACAGUUCCAGUUCAUUACCUCUGGGAUUUCUCCAACUAAUGAAUCAUGUUUUGGUUUUGUUGUUGUAGCAUUGUUGACUGAAUCUGCAAUACCAUGUUUUCACUUUAUUUUCAGGUGAACUGUGUUGAUGUUCUGUAUGUGUAUCACUCUGAAGUCACUAAAAAGAAACUAAUGCAGUCAUGCUUGUGUUCUCAGUUUAAAAACAUAUUUUCUCGAAGACAUCAGAGCAGCUUCAGAACUGAGGGUGAGGUAAUAACUCUAAAUCCUUAUUCUCUUUAGUUCCAGAAAAUAAGGAUUUCACAAAAGCAUAGCACUAUAGCAGUGUUUUUGGAGGCAAUUAUACUAAACACCACUUUUUUUCACACAGAUAUUUUCAGUGGAAUUAUUGUUGUGUUGGUGUUGCUGUUUCGGCAUUCUCUCAUUGUAAGGUUCCGGUGAAUUACCUGUUUUCAGAAAUUGUACCCAAGUACUGCCUAAAAUUGAGCACAAAUGCCCCAAACAAUGAUCCAGAUUGGCACAUACACUUUAGUUAAUAGUCACAUGUAUAUCUAUUGACCUUUCUGCCAAGAACGUGUUACAUUUUUAAGACAUAAGCGGGUCCAGUCUACAUUCCAUAUUUUGUAAUCUAAAGGCUGUAAAUAUACUGUCAAUUUUGAAAAAUAAUAAAUUCAGUUGUCUGGUAAUCUCA